AUGGCAAGGACUGUUGGGGCAAAGUCCCGAAGGACCGAUACGACCAAGACGCCUACCAUCACCCUAAUCCUCAGCAUGCUGGAGCCAUUGCCGCAAAGGGCGGCUUUUUACAUGAAUCGCGACCCGGCUGCUUUCGACGCUCCCUUCUUUGGUAUCAGUCCAUCUGAGGCAUCAGCUCUGGAUCCGCAGCAGCGAUUCCUCUUGGAGUCCACCUUCGAAUGUUUGGAGAGCGCCGGUAUCCCCAUGGAGAGAAUAAGCGGCAGCAAGACUGGCUAUUUUGCGGGAUCUUUUCUCACGGACUACGACACGGUCACAUCAUCUGACGCUCUCAACAUUCCGACCUAUGCUGCCAUGGGCAGUUCCGGGAGUCUCAUUCCCAACCGCUGCUCGUGGUUUUACAAUCUCAAAGGACCGUCCGUGUCUUGCGAUACUGCAUGUUCAUCGUCUCUAAUUGCGUUCCACCUGGCCUGCCAGUCCAUCUGGUCCGGCGAGAGUGAACUGGUGAGUGAGAAUCAAGCCUUGAACAAAUCUAUUGCUGAUUAUACAAAAGGCUUUCGCUGCUGGAGCCAGCAUGAUCAUGAUGCCUAACAUCGCACGCGCUCUGACGCAAAUGCAAUUCCUCGCCUGA